UCUACCCAUUUUCAAGAACCACCGGACACCCUAACCAACCGUUAAACAGCAGCAGUCAAGAAUCAAACAACCCCUCAAGACCCUCUUCACUCGUAUUCUUGUUCUAAGAAACGACGGAAGAACAGCGAAAUUCUGGCUCUUUCUCAGUUUCUUUCGUAGAAGAAUCAGCGAAAAUGGGCAGUAAUGUGGUUGAAGAUGGUGGUUACUCUUCGCUAAAAGACUUGAAAUUGGAAAUCAUCACAAACGAGAGCGAUCUCGAUGCCACUUUUUCUCUUUGCUUUUGGCUGUAUCUACCUGCUGAUUCAUCCCCUUUUCCUUCUACCCUUCUUCGCCAGCAUCAUUCUGAUACAACUAGCUCUACCCCGUUUCUUUCAUUGAAUGCAAAUAAAGAAAUCGUGCUUUACCCUAUUCUUUCUGUACCAAAAGACACAUCAAUUCCUGAAGAUGUAGCUAUGGAAACAGAAAUUCCCACUGCAAGAACCAAGAUUGAUGUCCCUCUAAACAAAUGGAUUCACAUUGGAUGUGAGGUUUCUUCUGAUACUUUACGACUUUACAUUCAUGGUGAGAUUGUUGGUGAGAAUCAUGUAGCUUACACUUCUGAUAGCUCAAAAAAAGUUUCUUUACUUGGUGCUAACAAAGAUGACUCAAUUGAGGGUUAUCUCUAUGGUGUGGAAAUGUUGCCUAUUACAUCUCCUAUUAAAGAUCACUUUGUUAAGGACCCUCCUAUGCAAAUACGUGUUGAUAGUUCAAGUGCCACUGAUAUUGAAGAAGACAAUGAUGGUGUGUGGACUGUUGUUGGUGGUAAGGCUUCUUGCCGUAGGAAUUUCUCCUUGGAUGUUGUUUUAAUGGAUGCUUUUGGGCACUUGGUCAACAAAGAAAUGGAGGUUGUUGCUACGCUUACAUAUGCGGACAAUUAUGCACAUGUCGAAAAACCAGAUGAUGCAGAAGCUCCACUGCUGACAAGUUAUGAUGGAAUCGAGUUUGCUUCAUGGGAUAGACCAAGUACACUAAUUAAUGGACGUGCUUCAUUUAAGCUCAAGAUAUCUCAGCUUUCAUCGAAAUGUGAUAACAAGUUGUUUUGUAUUAAAUUCAACAUUCCGAAGAUGGGAAGAUAUCCAUUUUUUGAAGUGUUUUCGCGUUCUAUUCGGUGUAUUUCACGUAAUCGUACUACACGUCCAUCCACUUUGAUAUGGAAAAGGUCAACCACUCUUAUGCAUUCGGUCAAUGGAACCUUUGGGCCAGAUGGAGGAUCCAUUGAGCCCGUUAACAAUGUGGUUCAUGAGGCAAAACCAAGCCCACCAUCAAAACGGAUCAAGUUAGAACUUGCAAACCCCUUUGUGCAUUUAAAGCCUGAUGAUUCAUUCAAGCAAGGAUAUGAAGAACACCAUGAGGUUGAUAGAUCAAAUGGUAGGAUUUUGGAAGGUAGAGAAGAAAUAUACAAUUCAUCAUCUGACACAGAUAGUAAUACUAAUAGUAAUAGUAAUAGUAGUGAAGCAACAAACUCAUGUAAAAGCAAUGGGAAUCCGGUUUCAGACCUAACUGUAUUCAAAUACUGCCUUGGAACCCUAACUGAAAAAUCUCUUCUUCUAAAAGACCUUGCAACUUCUGCUUCCCAACAAGAUGUCAUGGACUUUGCCAUGCGGGUUUCACAGUUUUCUGGUUGCCUUCAUCAUCGUAACCAAAUAAGAAGUUCAAAGAAGAUGAUAGAGGAAGGAACAAAGGUCUGGAAUUCGGUAUUGCAGAAUCACCACCAUGUGUCAUGGGAUAAUAUGAUUCCGGUUUUAAGAGACCAGUUUAUCAAGAUUUCUUCAUGUCGGAAUAGAUUCUUGGUGCAUCAGGAUUUUGAGGUGUUGAGAAGAAUCGGUGGUUGCCAGGACUCAGUGACUCAAGAAAACUUUGAGAAGUUGUGGUGUUGGCUAUACCCUGUGGCUUUUGCUUUAUCACAAAACGGGCUAAAUGAAAUGUGGGAUUCCAGAUGGAUUGAAGGACUUGUUACAAAAGAAGAAGCGGAAUCUUCACUUCAGGGUCCCACUGGUGGGAUUGUGGACCCCGGCACAUUCGUCCUCCGGUUUCCUACAUCAAGAAGCUGGCCCCACCCUGAUGCUGGGAAUCUUAUUGUCACUUAUGUUGGGGCUGAUUUUGCCAUACACCAUAGGCUCCUCUCUCUUGACUUCUUUCACAGUUCUUGUGGCAAUGAAACGUUGGGGAAAUCAUUGAAAGAUAUGCUGCUUGAAGAGCGUGAGUUAUCUCGACUAGGAAGGAUUACAACAAGAAGUGUGCGACUUGUUUGAGAUGUAUGUAACUAUGUAUUUAAGGCAAUGUUUUCGUCCCUAGGUAUUGUUUCUAAUGUUGAUGUGUUUCUUAAUGAAGAUCAUUCUUGGCUUGUUUUGUUAAAUUUAUUUCUCUUAAA